AAACAAAAAAUGAAAAAAAAGACUCUUUUCGCAACCCCGUCCCGAACAUGGCGUGUAGCGUUGCGUCGUCGCUCCGACCCUUUCUUCUCCCGCACAAACGCUCCAUCCAAGGGUUAGGGUUAGGGUUUCCCGACCACGCCGCUCCGGAGCCCUCUCCUUCUCCUCUCACCCUCCUCCCCUUCCGCCGCGGAUCGUGGGAGCUCCGUGGUAAGGUUCUCCCUGUGGGGAGUGUCGUAGCAACUUCUUUGGGGAGGGGAGAGGGAGGGGGGAGCUCGUCGUCGCCAUGGAAGGAGAGCUCCUGGAGCUCACAAAGAAGACAAGUAAUGUAUGCUAAUUUUCAAAGAGGCAGUAGGCGAACCUUCGUGGCUUUUGCUAAUGCAAAUGUGUCUCAAGGAAAGAGAAGUUCUGGCGAUGACAUUAUAAUGGUCGACCCCCUCGAAGCAAAGCGCUUGGCCGCCAAACAGAUGCAAGAAAUUCAGGCGAAAGAAAAGCUCAUAAGGAGACGCCGCGCGGAGGCCAUCAAUGGAGCGUGGGCGAUGAUCGGUCUCACAGCAGGACUGGUUGUAGAAGGUCAAACCGGAAAGGGCAUUCUGGGCCAAGUUGAUCUUCAUAUAACCAAUCCCUUUUUCUUUUCUUUUAUGUUUUCAUUAGUUCUUUAAUAAGAUCACUAAUCCUUUUUGUUCUUUUCAGCUAGCUGGAUAUUGGGAUGCUUUUACUAAAUUAUUUGUGCAGUAACGUCAAGGGAUUUUCUUCUUCUUCUUUUCUUUUUUUUUUUCCGUCUCAUUUGUUGUGAUGAGGGGGAUUCUUGGUUGGAGCAAACUUAUUUCAUUUAUUCAGGCUCUAAGAAAAUAACACAACAGCGACAAAUUAUACCGCUCGUUUUGUUUUUAGUGUGCUAAUCAAAAUAUUGUACGAUAAAUUGCUAUUCUUAAGCAACCUUGCAAGAUAUUUGAAGAUGUUGGAUGCUCUUGAUUAAGAAUUAAUACUACAUGGUGAGAGUGAUUUAGUUACUUUUCUA